AUGGAGAAGAACAAUGAUGAGCUGCUAUCUGAUGUGGGCGGCUUUCAUCUCACAGUGCCAAAAAUCUCCACGCCAUCCCUGCAAGCAGAUGAUUCCCCAGAUGAUGGGUAUCAUUAUAUCGACGAAGAUGAAGCCCCAGAGGAUAUCGCGACUGUGGAGAGACCAAUCCCGGGAAAUAGAGAACCAGAACAAGGACAAUCUCAGGUACUCAGACCACAGGGAACACACCCAACUCAAAGCACGGACGCAGCUAGAGCCACUACAUACCAACGACAAGCUGGUUAUCGAAGAGCAGUUCUACCUUACAAAGAGGACCAAGAUGCAUAUGGACCCAGGAAAUCGGAUGACGAAUCACAAUCAAAACACGGUUCAAUUCUUAAGCACGCGAGCACAAAAUCCAAGGCAAAGCGACCGCAUUCUCCUAAAUCAAACAUUCCAAGGGCGCAGGUCAAGCUUAGAAACAUCUUCCUGCAACGUCACGAGUUAAGCUCUAACGCCCAAAAUCGAAUAGAAUUCGAUCAGGUGGUUUCAAAUGAUAAAUCCAGGACACAAAUGAUACAAGAGGGUUGCGUGCUGUGGCAGCAUACGAAGCUAGACUGUCUAUCUAUGAGUACUUUCGCUGACCAAAUCACCAAGAUGAGACAUCAUGGGGUGCAUGACAGCGUAAACGAGCUUGCGGAACACUUGUUUGAGCGUGUGCACAAAAAAGCCGAGAAAUCAUUUGUAGGGGGCAAGUAUCUCGAGCCAGACUCGACACGGUACGACAGCGUGGAUAAUUCGAAGUACAGUAUUGACAAGUACUGCACUUUUAUCUCUUUUCCAUAUUUUGCGUUGGAGAAAUUUCCCCCAACAGUGUCAAUUGAAGGCACAAAAGGCACGGACAAGCAUCCACCUCGGUCAUUAUUGCAGUCUUACUACCGCUUAUACAACACCCACAGAAGAGACAAAGCCCAGUGCCUUAAAUUGUUGAAAGACGGAGUAUUGCGUUCAGGUAUCGAGAACGACAGUGAAGAGUUACAACGUCUCAUGCCAAUGAUAAGAGAUAGAAUUUUGUAUGUUCCUCAGCUUUGGUGCUAUAUCGCUGAGCCAGGCCAGAUAAUUACUACUGGCUGCGUCAGUGAUUCGGAUCUUCAAGGAAAGUUCGUCAAGGUGAACUCAAGACUGCUGCCCGACCAAGGCAGCUUGUUCCGGCUAGUGCGAUUCCAUUUUGUCUCAGGGGAAGAACAAGAGAGUCUAACUUAUCCUCUCAAGCAAUGUGCGUCUUGGUAUGGGCUCAUGAACAAGCAGCAACAAAUAAGACUUCUUUCAAAUGACCGACAAGAUUCUGCCGAUCCGAGUAAUUACCGAUUGACAUACAAAGAGCAAGUCGUCGACAAGUGGAAUUGGGCGUCACUCCAAAGUUCAUCAAAGGAGGAGGAUAUCAUCGAAUUAUGGAUGGAGUCACCAGGUGUUUCUGGGGACAAACGAUUAUACGGUGGACGUGAACAAGGCACUACCCUGCCGAAAUCCAAGGACCUGGAGACAUUAAUGCGGCACAAAGAAUCGGGCGUCCAUUCAUCAUUUCUGACCUGGCCAAUAAUGGAUGCGGCUGGUGUGGUUGACGAGACCCCGGAGAAUGAGAGAAUGCAGAGAUUCUUAGAAAUGAUAUAUCAAGCUUUACCAGCUUUCUUGGCGGGUGCUAACAUACAAGUUUCUCAUCGCGCUUUGGGCUACGGAUCUGCCACAAUCGAUAGGGUCGAAGUGCGAGGUGGUAUCAAAGACGGCAAAGAUUCAUCACACCCGCAAAACAGUACAGCAUUCUAUGCAAGUGCAAGGAAGUUCUUGCUAUCUUUCGUACCAGCGUCUCACGAUCAGGAACAAGAAGCAAUAAGGCUCUUUUGGGGGGUUUUACGGGAGCUAAGCGACCAUGGCAGUGUCCCGUACUUGAACCAGCUGGAAGAUCUGUUAGCGAGGCUCAACAAGACGGCCACAGAGAUCCAUCUUGGAGUACACCACCCAAGCAAAGAAUCUCACGAACAGGAAAAUGGUAAGCUUGAUCAAUCAGGAUCAGCUGUCCUUCUUGCGUCCUUGGUAGAUGCCUUAGGGGCUGGCUUUCAUAUGCUUAUCGAAGCGUUGCGUGAAAUCAGGUCAGAUAAGAAAGCCAAGGUUUGUGGAACAGAAGUUCAACGAUUGUUUGAUGAAGCAUUGAAAUGUUUGAAGACUGCGGAAGGUGAACUGAUCAAGGAAGCCAAAGGUAUACGGAGGGGCAAUCAUCUAGAGUCUGUACCAACGCCUGAAAUGAUUUUAUUGAAUUUGAUCGAGAGGUUGGUGGAUGGAGUCGUUAAAGAUGAUGUUAUUGAUGUCAUUGAUAUUUAUGGGAGAUGUUUGGAAGGCUUGUCCUUACGCGUGACCGACAAAUACAGUCGCACAUUUCUACAGUAUAUCAACUCGUUCAAGGAGGAAGUCAAAAUCGUCGAACAUGUGAUCAUGCAGCAGAGACAUGUCUUGCUGAGACUACAAGACCGCUUAGAUCCUAAAACCUUCGAUUCGCCUAGCGUCUUCCGAAAGAUGAGAUUUAAAUCAGAGCAAAAGUUUAUCGAAAAGAUAUUGCUAACCUUGCAAGAGCAGCUUCAAAAUUGCGCGGAGCUGAAAGAAAGGGUUCAAGACCUUGCAGAUCAAAAUAUACAGUUGGUAGAGACUUUACAGGACCGGGCGAUCUUUAUCUUCACCUUGGUAACGAUUGUCUUCCUUCCUCUAUCUUUUGUAUCUUCAUACUUUGGCAUGAACGUGAUUGGAAUCAAUGAUAAUUCUAAGGUUGAGUUAUUCUUAUAUCAAUUUCAAAGCGUACGCUACACCCUCGACUUCUUGACUAUCAAUGUCGAGUCAAUGCUCAAAGCUUAUAGGACAGAGUGCCAAGACUUUCGAAGCGUAAAAGCAGCUCUCCAACAGGUUGUAGAGAACUUCCCAAGUGUGCCGCAGUCAGAGGCUUUAUACACUCCAUCCAUAACUAAAUCUCGGAAGUGUAUUUAG